UACCCCUAGUAUUUAACAUGCUCCGCCUCAACACUGCCAAAUGAGUCGCCGACUUCCUACCGAUCCGCAAGCGAUGAACUGCCGAGCUGAUACAUGAGAGUUUUACACUUCGUCGAUCCUAUCAAGCGCCCAGAUCUGCCAAUGUCAUCGCCUCCGUCAUCCUCCGCAGAGGCUCGCCGCGUCGCUGCAGUCGCCAUCCGCCUUCCCCCGCCCUGUCCCCACCUCGCCGCCUACCGCUCUGUUUGGAGCUCCCAUCCCCUCCGCUCCUUCCAUCGCUGCCUCCGCGUGCGCCCCCUCGGCCGUGCCGAGGUACAACGCGAUCCUGGCGAGGUACCCCGCUGCGCUGCGUGCUCCUCGGCCAGUAGUUCCCGCCUAUAUGCUUGCCUAGCCUGCGCCGCCGUUCACUGUCCCACUCACGCUCCUGCCCAUGCCCGUAUUGGCCACGAGAUCGCCGUCGACGUCGAUCGAGCCGAGCUAUUCUGCUGCGCGUGCGGCGAUCAGAUCUACGAUCGCGACUUUGACGCCGCCGUCGUUCUUGCACAGGCCGCUGCUGCACCCGAGCUGGGGAGAUUGGAGUCUUCCGUGGUUGAGGAGGGUGUCAGAAAGCGGCGCAGGGUUGGCUACCGACCGUGGUACCCGGAUCCGAUGGAGAAUGCUAUGAUUUGGAGGGGAUCUAGCUUGAUCUUUGCCAAUGAGGAUAAUGUGUUGUCGUCGGCUGGAUCGCGGUUGCCGUGGGGACUCAGAGGACUGAACAAUCUCGGGAACACCUGCUUCUUGAACUCUGUUCUUCAAACGUUACUUCAUACUCCCCUUCUAAGGAACUACUUUUUGAGUCACCGGCACAACCGCUUCGUUUGUCAGGAGGAAAGGAUGAAACAAGAUGAAGGUGCUGACGAGCAAGUGACUGCCGCAUUGUGCCUUUCUUGUGAUCUGGACGCAAUGUAUUCUGCCGUGUUCUCUGGCGAUCGCCGACCUUACAGCCCCGCCAAGUUUCUAUAUAGUUGGUGGCAGCAUGCCUCACAUUCGGCAAGUUAUGACCAGCAAGACGCUCAUGAUUUUUUCAUUACCAUGCUUGAUGGAAUCCGUGAAAAAGAGCACGAGCAGCGCAAACCACACAGUGAGGGCUGCGGAGACUGUUGCAUUGUACACAAGGUUUUCUCCGGUAUAUUGAGAUCAGAUGUUACUUGUACAAUGUGCGGCUACACAUCAACGACAUAUGACCCUUGCAUGGACAUCUCAUUGGACUUAGAUUGCAGCAAUGAGUCUCCAACAAAAGCUAAUUCAAGCCCUUAUGUCUGCCAUGGAGGAAGUGAUUAUUUUGUCCUAACUCAGAAGUGUGGCAUGUCUACGCUCCUGGGCUGUUUGGAGCGCUUUACAAGGCCAGAGAGAUUAGGUUCUGAUCAAAAAUUAUUUUGUCAACAUUGUCAAGUGAAACAAGAAUCUCUAAAGCAGUUAUCUAUAAGAAAACUUCCUAUGGUUUCUUGCUUUCACAUUAAAAGGUUUGAACAUUCCCUGCAGAGAAAAAUGGCAAGGAAGAUUGAUCGUUAUGUGCAAUUCCCAUUUUACUUGGACAUGUCGCCCUUCCUUUCUUCUUCAAUUAUAAGAAGUAGGUUUGGAAAUCGUUUUAGUAUUCAUGAUGGAGAUACAGAUGCAGAUACGGAGUUUGCUUCAGAGUUUGAAAUAUUUGCAGUAAUAACACAUAGUGGAAAAUUAGAAUCUGGACAUUACACAACAUAUUUGCGACGAAAUAAUCAAUGGUAUAAGUGUGAUGAUUCAUGGAUCACUCUUGUAAGUGAGAAUACUGUGCGAGCAUCACAGGCAUACAUGCUAUUUUAUGUCCAGAAGAUUCUUCACUAAAAGGCAAGUGAAAACGUGUUCGCCUUUUGAUUUUGUUAUGGAAUCCUGGGAAAUAGCGUGUUUAAGUGUGAAACUGCAAUGGUUUAUUGUUCCAUACUUUUUAUUUUCCUACCAUUCAGCA